AUGGUUGGAUAUGCAAUCUCGUCGUUUCCAACUCUCUCGUGUAACCGUUUCGUCGUUCACAAUGCGACGUCGUUUACAUGCAAGGCGCAAGCUACGAAGUCUGUAACGGCGUUUCCGACACCGGGGCGAAGGGAGUUACUGUUUCUUCUCUCAGCGUCAACGGCGUUGACGGCGAAAGAAUCGGUGUCUUUGGCGCAGGAUAUUCCUCUGUUUGGUAUACGGAAGAGUCUGAAGAAAGUGGAGGAAAAGGCUGAGGAGAUUGUGAAGGAAGGAUUUGAAAGUGCGGAGAAAGGACUGGAGACAGCGGAGAGGGGACUUGAGACGGCGGAACAAGGACUGGAGGCGACUGAGAAGGGAAUAGAGACGGCGGUGAGUUUUGGGGGUUUGGCGCAAGCGGGUGUGGUGGCGGGAGCAGAGGUUUUCGGUGUUUUGGUUGCUUCAGCGGUGGUUAACGGUAUUUUGGGGCCUGAACCUCAAAAAUCAUGA